CGCUCUUCUCGCUUCUCGAGCCCUUGAAGGAAGUUUCCCACGAUGCUUCUUUUCUUCCAUCUUUGCUUGUACACCCUCGACAGGAAGUGGCCAUGGUUGCUGCCGUGUUCUGCUCAUGCUCCCGCUAUUGUCAAAUGGCAUACCGGUAUUGCAUCCACUCUCCACUUAUUCUCUAGCUAUAGAUUGGUUUGAUCAUCAUGGAAGACAACGACAAGAGGGGACUGGAGUCCCCCGAGGAUGAGGAUGUUACCGUUGGAAGAGUACCGAUCGACACGACCUUGCAACAUCGAACUGACGAAGAGGAACAGGCUGAGGAAGUGGAACAAGAGGAUACAACAGAGACUGGUGAAGAACCAAAGAAGGAUCAAGAUGCAGACACUCCCACGCCAUCAUCAACAACUAGUACAAUUGCCUCGACAGUCUCGUCUUCGGACGCCCCUUCAGAGGAAACCAAGGAGGAGAUACAACAAGAGUUUGAGGAACAUCCUGCUCCGAGAUCAGGUCAGCCAUCGACCGAGUUGGAUGCUGCAGUACAACAACAAAAAGGUCCUGCUGAUACAGAGCGCCAAAACAGAAAGAUGCCACCACCACCACCACCAGUUGGCUCGGCAGUCGCCGCGGGUAUCACUCCUCAGUCAGCGGUCCAGACGCAGACUCUUCCUGGCGCAUACAGCGUGGGUGGAUUGGAUUCGCAGGUAUCCCACCCGAGCAGAGCCUCAUUGGCGCCUGUCAGUUCCAGCGAGGAUCGAAAAAUGUCAGAGUUUGCAGCCCACCACCACCACAACAACAUCAGAACCGACGAAGAAGCCACAGCAGCUGCCACAAUGGGCACAAGCUCACAGCAUCGGUCAGGGGAAGAUGAAAAGGUGCAGGCUGGACAAGUUGAUGCACAACCACAUCCGUUCAUGAGGCAAGUUAUAUCCUCUGCUGGGGACGAUUCUACUACUAGUGCAGCCAUUCAUCCAAAACAUCGCCUCGUUGGAACGACUGUCUCUCCACCAACAUUCGUUAGAAAGACACCACCGACAAUUGUCAGGGAUAUCCCUCCUCUUCGUACGCCGCAGGGACAGUCGGAAAACGAACCUUCUUCUGGUCAUGGUGCAUACAGAGUGGAUGGAAUGAGCUCAAGUGCAUCAUCCCUCAUGAACUCCCCGCUUGGUCCUUUUGAUGAGGUGGAUGACACACCUUCUUCUUCUGCCAACACCACCAACAAUGAAGGGCAUCAUGGAGGACAACAAGAAAUCUUGGUUACUGCCGCAAGAGUGUACGAUGAGAUUGGUGAUGACACAGAGGCGAACCUUGAUCGUCGUCUAUCUGAGGAAAUGCCUCGCAUUGAAGAAGAGAUCCGUGCCAGAAUACUGGACGAAGCUGUGGAAGCCAAUGUCAUGCCCCAAGGGACAAGUAUCAUCUCAUCCCUCUUCUUUGCCGUCAUGGCCAAGAAAACAAUGUUCCUGGCAGCGUUGGUGAUUCUCGUAGGUUCUGUUGCAAGCAUCAUCUUUCUGUACACUGGAAUUCAGUGGGAACACCAAAAGAAAGAGGAGGUAUUCAAGCAACGCGCCAGAGAUUUCAUCGGGGAGAUCAUCACCACAUGGAGAGACUUUGAAAUGGCUUCCAUUUGGAUUCAUGAGUCUUGUCAGAAUUGGAGACAGGAUGGCUACUCCCACAAACGAUUUCAGCAGCUCUACAACUACCAGGUGGCCACUGGCCUUGAUGUUUUCCAAAUUGAAUGGAUUCCAAAUAUCACAAACAGUGAGAGGGAGGACAUAGAAGAGCAAACCUCUGCCUACUUUGAGAACCACACAGUUGUGAACUAUACUGGAUUCUGGGGAAUGGAAGCAGAUCCAGCACAUCCCGAAGUAGAGACUGCAACCUACCGGUCAGAACAACCCUUCUACUUUCCAGUUCAUUUCAUUGCACCAAUCAAGCGGGAGGGUGGUAUUUUGGGUCUUGAUGUGUAUAGUAAAGAGCAGGAGAGAGAUACAAUCUACCGAGCACUGGAAACCAGGGAACCAGUUCUGACUGAACCCUUUUAUCUCGUUGGUGAUCGUCCACAGGAUGGCUUGGGUGUGGUUUUGUAUAGUGCUGGAGUACCCACCACCAUGGAUGGUGAGGGGUCUGAAUCAUCACCAGAUGUGGCUGCAGUUGUGGUGGAGAUCACUCACUUGUUGAAAAGAACUUCAACGGUUCAGGCUACAAGUCUGGCAGCAUACCUAUACGACUCAGGAACGGAUCCAGAUCCAGAGACUACUCAUCUCACGUUUAUGGGUGGAGUCAAAAUCAAAGUUCAUUCUGAUGGCAGCAAGGAACUAACUUUUGCAACAGAGGAGUUUGACAACUAUGCAAAUCUUGAGACUGCAAGCCUCCAGUUUGAGCAAACCUUGCUGGUUGGUCACCGGCAGUGGACAGUUGUGGUACAACCAAGUGAUGGGACAUUUGACCCAGAUAUUUUCCUUGUCAUUCUCAGUGGAGCCCUAAUCCUUGGUUCGUCACUGUUCAUAGCCGCUUGGAUGGUGCACAGUUUGGGUCGAUCCCUGAGAGCUCAUCAAGUGGACUCAAGUGCAUCGAGCUAG